GGAAGCGGAGCGAGUUUCCGAAAAAGAGCGCCUGUGGACUGUAAACAAACGGGAACUAGCUACCUUAAAUGUGCUGUAUGAUGAUGGAGUUACAGUAAGAAUAUAUUAGACAUGGAAAUUAAACCAGUGCUGCAUACGUGUUGCAGGUUUGACCGUUUACUUCUUCGUUUGAGGUACUAACUGACCAGCUAGCGUUAGCUAAAUAGCUAAAACCGCUAACGGUCCUUAUUGCCGAAAGAUGUUUCUAAGACACGACUUGCUGUUCGGCUCCGAUGAUUUGCUCAGCAUGACCUCAGUCAGAACAUGGAUGGCACUGAUUUGAAAACCCAAGAAAGAGAGUUAGGACGGCCUCUCAGGCUCUGCAGAUAUGGAGAUAAAGUUCGAGGUCCUUCUCUCGUCCAGCAUCAAACGGAAAAAGCCAUGGCCGAAAUUCUGCUGGCUCGGCAAGGAGAGGGAAGGUGUCUUUCUGUUGGAUGACACCCGGAUCAGUGAGAUCAAUCUAGUAUCAGGGCAGACCAAAAAGAAGACCCCAAAACUUCAGCCUUUGUUGCCAAGAGUGCUGACCAUGUGCGGGUCGCAGAAUGGUAUGUGGCUGGCUGGAAUAUUAGUCUCUGGAGAGCUUUUUCUGUGGAACCGAGACAAAGACUCCCUAAAGAUGGUCACAGCCGUGUCUGCAGUAAAUGAGCUGGCCUCUACUGGUAAAGCGACUUCACCGCGCCCCACUCUACUGGUGUCGGGAGAUGGACAGAGGGUUCUCCUGGUCACUGUCACUGGCCUAGUUUUCCUCUGGGAAUGCAUGGUGCCUCAGGAUCUGAGCAGCCUGCGUGACGGCAUCAUCAAGGGCCGCUGGAGUCAGAUAGCAUCAUCAGAAAAUGCCCAGCUGCCCUCUUCUAAAGACAAGGAGGCAUCUGUUCACUCUGUGUUUGUCCAGAGCCAGGCUGUGGGUGAUGUUUGCCUGAGUGCCUUUGUCUUCACCAGUGGAGAGGAGCUGAUUGUCACUUUCCUGAAGAUUCAGUGGGAACAGACGUGGGAGAGGAAACUCAGUUUGGAAGGUUACAGUGUACGGUGGGCCACCAAGACCUAUCCACUCAACCACCUUGUCCCUGCAUGUCGACCUGUAAAGUCAAGAGGAGCACUGGUGCCAGCUUUCUCACCUGAUGGACAACUGUUGGCAAUAAUCCUUAACCAGAAAGAUCCAAGGGCUACUCAGGUAUUGUACAUAAGCGUCCAGAACUUUGUGACCAUAUCCAGCUCACUAGGUGGAUGUGGCAGUAAGAAGCUCAACAUCCCAUCAAAAUAUGUGAGGUCAUAUUGGGUGGGCUGUGUAAGCUGGAGUCCAGGAGGGCUCUAUCUUGGCUGUGUGUUGAAGAGAGGCUCUCUCCUCUUGCUGGCACGCUUGGGUGGUCUGGUCUCUCUUUCCACCACAGGGUGUGACAUUGAGUUCGGCCCGGCACACUUCCUGCCUCUUCACCCGCUGAUCACUUACAGACCUCCAGUGCCUUUGCAGCCCCCAGAUGAUACCAUCUCCAGCUCCAGUGUGUCUCUCCGUGACCCAAUGAGACAGCGGUACUCUGUAACUUGGCACCCACGGCUGCCUUGCCUCCUAGUUUCAGAUGGCUACAUGGUGACCAUGCUGAAAAUGCCCAGCCAGCCCUCGUCUGCUUCGCUGAUGAGCAGUCUCCUUCUGGACACAGCCCAGGGGCUGGAGAGAGUGCGCAAGGUCCUGGGGUCAGAGCAGCCCCAGGUUAGGUCCAGACUGGAGUCCAUGUCCACUCUGAAGUUCACAGCUAGUCUGUUGGCACUGAAAGAGAAAGCUUCGUCUGUAUCAACUCUACCUCUAUUUCUCCAAGACGCAGGAGGCUUGAAACUGACGAUUGAGAAAGCACAGGUUGAGGAUGAUGACGAAGACUCUGAUGUAGGCCAGUACACGCGCUCAGUUAUGGAGGACGGUGGGCGACUAGAAUUCGCCUCGAUGUUUGACACCCUUCAUGCUCAGCCGCUUGCUGACCCAGAAGACUUAGAGCAAGGCUCCUCGGCUCUUCUGGAGGAACUAGCCGUGGUGCGCCAAAACCUGCUGACGGCCUGGGCUCUCGGAGUGUCCCAUGGUGGGACCAUGGACCAGAGAGAGCGUUUGCUGAGAUAUGCUGUUUCCUGCGUCAUUCGUUUGGCCCGUGUGCUCAGGAUCGCUCUCCCAGUGGUGCAGCCAUAUAGGGAGGAUAGAGGAACCUGGACCUCGCAUGUAUUUGACCUCCUCAAGUCUCUGCUCUGCUUCCUACCAUGGGACUCCCCUCAUAAGGGAAGCCGUAGCUGCUUAAGGAUUGUGGUGGACCUCAUUCAACGUUUUGCACAUUUUUUUCUCCCUUCAUCCGUGUCCAACGUUCGCUCCUCUAAGAACUUCACAGCAGCUCUUGUUAUUCUCCAGGAGGCGUCUAAGAGUCUGGAUCAAACAUAUACUUUGCCUCAGAAGACGGUGCAUCAGGACCAGGAUGAUUGUUCCCCCUGUCCUUCAGACAUGUUCUUUGUCCCACUAUUACAAGAAAGUGAAGAGGCUGAAGCUGUGACGUCACAGCUACCACUGCUGAACAGACCCUCAAACAGAUUGGUAACUAUAUGGAGGGAAUUGUACAAGCAGGCCUUGCAAUAUCAGGCAGAGUUAUACAAUCAAAGAAACCCGGCAAGCCAGAGCAAGGAACUAGAGAACAUAUCAGAUAUCCUUUCUCAAAUCCAGGAAGCUCUACAAAGAGCCGGAGAUCAUCUUGAGGAAAGCCCUGCCCUGCAUAACAUAACAGGAGAACAGCACUUCAUUUUAGGUGAAUACAGUGAAUGUGUCCAGGCAUGGCGAGUCCAGCUGUGGGCAGAAAGAGAAACGGUUGGCCCACGGACGUGUUUUCUUGAGACACGCUACUGCCUGGCUCUUCUGUUUGGCCAGCUGUUCCAGUAUCGGCUAAGGGAGGCCCAGACCAUGUGUGACUCCCUUGCCAGGCGGUUACAGUCACAAAGUGGCCAAGUGAUAGAGGAUGACCAGGAAAACUGUGAUGAGACGGACUUUGGGGGCUGGCUUCCGCAGUGGGUGAACAGCGAAGCUGCCUGUGCAGUGGUGCAGUCUCUGGGCAGGUUUAUGGCCUCCUACUUUACCAACCAGCCGCUUGCCAUCUUUCCACCACACAGUGUGGACAUCCUGCCUCCUCUACACCUGCCUCCAUUGUCAGGCUGGCGCAUGGUGGUGCUGUCUCAGAGUAGGGUGGCGGGUGCAGUGCGAUCACAGCACCUGUCGGAGGUGUGGACAGUGGACUAUGCUCUGGAGCUCCUCCUGCUGGGUGGGCUGAUGCCUGAAGCUGUGUGGCUGGCUCAGAGGCUGGGUGACUGGAAGACUGCUGCAUCCCUUAGCCUGGCCUACACCACCUACUGCAGGCAGCACUAUGACUUUAGCAGGCUGAAAUGGAAAGAGCUGCACAUCCCUGCAGAACUGCAGCCAGGCAGCAUCUUUCAGACUCAGCUAGAGUCAUUAAUGGGCUGCAUGACUGGGUUUGAUGGAAGUGGCCAGGCUUUGAAAACAGAUACAGUGGAAGUAGAAGACAUGGAGUUACUACAGGCCUCAGUGCAGGAGAUCCUGAAGGCUUCAGUCAUGGCUGAUGUGGAUGUUGUCUCUCAGCCCCUCACCCAACUGCUGGAUUCAGCCAAAGAGCAUGCUUCCUCACUCGCCAUGCUUGUGCCUCCUGCAUUCUACCUACCGGCACCUCCUCUGUACUGUCCACAGCCUGCUCCUAACACACAGGACUCAGUUGAAGGUGGGGUGCUGGCCCUGGAGAGAGAGUUGCGCUGCCAUGUUGCUGGAGUGUUGCAGCGAGUGCUGCUGCUGUUCAGAGCUGCCCACUGCUCCCGGCCUGCUGCCCAGUGGUACAUAAGCAGCCUGCGCCGCUGCCGCCAGAUCUUCUGCAAGGUCAGAAAAGACAGUGUUGAAUCUAAAGAUGGUAGCUUGCCGGAGGGCUUGAAGAAGUUCACUAAUCGCCAUGGGUUUUUCCGCCUGGGGCACAGUGGCCAUGGAGACAUGGACAGCGUUACUAAACAGACCAUAGUGUGCUUCAGGGAGUUGUGUGGGCUGUGCUGGAUGCUAAAUGUUCGUGACAAGCUCACUGUUUCCUGUAGAAAGUAUCAGACUGCUAGGACCAAGUCUCAAGACUCUGAGUUAACAGAUGUUAGUGUGUCCGAGCUGUGUGAAGAGGCCCUACACUGGGUCUGCCGCCUGCUGCCCUUUUCCCGCUUCCUCGGUGCUGAAGAGAUACUGCAGGACUUGGCCCUCAGCCUUGUGGCCGAACUGCCUCCUAUUCCAAUGGUGGCAGAAACACUGGUCAGGAUAUUUCCAGAUGAGGAGGAGUCUGUCCGGGUACCUCUGCGGGACAAGUACAGCUCACUGAUGCAAAGAUUAAGACCCUGCACUGUGCAGACCUCAAAACAAGCCACGCAGCUUAGUGGUGGUGAGGAGGAAGAGGAGCGAGAGACAAUGAUGCUGCUGAUACAGGAUCAGCGGAGGCAGCGCUGCCGAGAGGAGCGGCAUUUGGCUAAGAUUCUGGCUCCACUGGAGCAGCAUCUCUGGGAGAGAGAUGAAGAAGAGGAGCGGGGAGGAGCCGCUACGAUAUUAAGCCGAUUCUCUCUGGGCACUAGCUUGAGUAACAGCACGCUGACAGACUGUGAGCGACUCCUAGUGGGCAGUGAGGUGGACACUGCUGAUACUUUGUCAGAGCCUCUUUCUCCAGACCUGCAGGCCAGAUCACCUUAUAGCUCCAAGUCAUCCAAAGCUCAGGACAGCCCUGAACGAUUAAAAAUUAAGAGAAAAGAAGACCGAAGCUCCAAGUCUGUGACCAAGGGACGAGUCCAGGUGUCAGUUACCGAACAAGGAGGUGACAAAGAUCACUCCUUACCAGUUGUGGGAACGUGGUUGUUUGAACUUGACGAUGAGGAGUACCUUCGCUUUUUGGAGCUUUUCUUCAGCUAUGUAUUGGAGAAGGACAGCCUAGACUCAGAGGAGUCAGAGCUGCCUCUGCUGAGCAGCUUUUCAUCACAGCUGCAUGAUCGAGAGCUUCACUCUGACACCUUCGACUUGUUGACUGCGCUCAAACGUCGCAAAGCUGGCCGAAAACGAGAUGUGUUGCUCCCCGUGUUCUGCGCUGGCCACUGCUUUCAAACACUUCCGGAAACUCCUGAGCCACCCCCCUCCAUCGGUCUCGCUCCAUCUAUACUCAGUGAGACCCGCACAACUCGGACCAGCAUGGCUGUUCAGCCUCCCCCUGGGAAACAGCCAGGUUUAUUUAGCCGUUGCCAGAGUGGUAGCCAAGCCCAUAGUGAGGCACCACUCAGGGGGUCUGUUGUCAGUGCAGAAAUGAGCUCUGUCCAGAACUCGUUCCCAUGGACUCCACAAAUAGAGCGCUGGUCCGUUAAGACUAUAUCCCACCCUGAUGUGGACCAUCAGCUGGAGCUGGACUCCAAAAUGGAAGUUCAGUUUCCCAAGCUGGGCAGGCUGCUGGAAUGGAUGCUCCGCUGGGCAGACAGAAGCAUCCUGGUCACUCAGCCCAGCAGAAAGAAGCCAGAGGGUGCAGGCGAGCCUGUGGUCAUCAGGGCCAAAGCCUCAGCUCCUGCGGUGCUCUUCGCUCUUGGGCUGUUGGAGCAGAGGUUUAGUGCUGCCCUCCUGGGAGUUGACAAGCACUGCGCCCAGCUUAAAGUUCCUGAGAUGGAGUUAACUGUGGCUCCUGUCCUUCAGCCCGACUUUGGCUGGAAGAGGGAGAGAGAGCGCAGCGUGGACACUGGCUACACUGCCUCAGGAGGGACCCCUAUCACCCUGCCUGAUCUGGACCAUCAGCAGGGACACAGCUCUAGGAUGUGUGAGUCUGUGGAGGUUCAGGAAGACAAAAGCAUCUCUCACUUGUCUGAGCAUGAGGACAUAACCUCUGAUUCUGAGAUGAAAACAGAGGACAAUAGAAGAACGAGUGAACUGCUCCCAGUGUCUGAAUCGCAAGAUUACAGCAGUAUUGUGGAGACCUUGGAAGGGUCUUUCUAUGGGCCAAACGUUUCUGUUCAAAUCAAUACCCAGAGCAGAACACAGAGCACUCACAGAGAGCAGCCUUUGACACUGGCAGAUUUGGAAUGCCCAGAGACGACUGAAGACUCAUCUGAAUCUCACUCUGAGGGAGGUGGCAUACGACACAGCACACCUGUAGAACCUGGAAAGAAAACAGCAUCCAGACCUAUACAUGAGCUUCCAAAACCAGCAUCUCUUCAGAAGACUGACCGGAAAUAUCUCCCAGUGUCAGACCCUCCAAUUGCACCUGGAACUUCAAGCCAUCCUCCCAGUAGAGCGUUGCCCCAGAAUGGAGCAGACACACACCCAGAUCCAGUCAGACAGCUUCUCCAGGAUGAGCUUUUCAGAUUAGUGCAAUUGCAGCAGAUCAACUUCAUGAGUCUUAUGCAAGUUGUGGGAGCUUCCUUUGCAAACCUGCCCCUUUCCCAAGCCAACCCAUUGCUGGCACAGCUCAGCGUGCCUCCUUCCCAGGCCACUGCACCUGUGCAAGCUCAGGCCCAAGCCAGCGCGCCCACUGUGGCACAGUUUGCAGAUUUUCCUCAAAACAUAAUCACUCAAACUCAAAAUGUAAGACAAGAGAAUGCAGAUAAGCAGCUCCCUGCUUCUGAGUCAGGAAACAGGAAAAGCAGAGCUGCUGACCAGCAGCCGUCCAGCGUGGAAGCAGAACCUGUACUGAGUCCUUGUGAAGAAAGAAGUAGUCCAAUUGAUUCAGGACUCAACAUUCAGGAAAUCCAACAGCUGACCAUUCGUUCAGAUUGGUCUAGAGGUGACCAGACAGCAAGAAGAACUUUUAUUUCUCCAUCUCAAGGGCUUCUCGCCACUGUGGAGAAUCAAGCACCCCCAACAGUGCUUUCCAAUGGCAGGGCUAAUGAACAUCCUGUCUUUAAGAUGACCACCCCUGUAAUGCAGGGGCUGAAGCUUCUGCAGUUGCCCCCUCCUCAAUCAGCUCUGCUUUGUCCCCCUCCUCCUGUCGCAGUGAGAGAGGCCUGGGGCCCCCAGCCCCUUCAUCUCAACCUCAAUCAGUAUGAGUCCAGGGUGAGUCAAGAGACUCACUCUGGACUCAAGAGAGCAGAGGAGGACAGUAGGAGGUGUGCUGUAUCCACAGCACCACCACGCAUAAACCUUCACCAGUACCCCAAACAAGCUCAACUACGCUUCUCGGAAGGAAGAUCUGUGAGGGAGACGGAAAGAGAAGCCAUUCGCCUGCCUCCUGCACCUCAGCCAGGGCUCCCACUCCUGCGCUUUCCUCCUGCCACCCAGACUCAACACAUCCAGCUGCCUCACGUCCCUUUCUCUGCUCCAGUGAAGCAGGCCACAUUGGGCCCUGCAGCAGUGGGUCACUACCCGAGACUUCACCUGCUGCGUGCUGAGCCUGACCCACCAAGUGCAUACAGUGCACCUCCUGUUCGUACACCUCCUCGUCUUAUCCCACUGGAGGAGCUGAUGAGCUGGGCUGCAGGAAGGAGACAAUUAACUGAUUCCAAGCUCCAGCUUCUCAGGGCAGCCCAAGUUACACAGAGAAAAAGUAAAGACACCCCCUCCAGCAAGAGGCUCAAAAGAAGAGAAGCGAAAAAAAGGGAGAAUAAAAGAGAAGAAAAACCAGUAGUGUCAUUUAGACCAGAGGAUUCUAUAAUCCCUCCAUCACAGGUGGAGGAAGAAGAAACUACUCCAGAUGGUGGAUAUGCCAUUCCUUUAGGUUCCUUCGACUCAAUGCUGUCUGGUCAAAGACUGCUAGAUGAGGCCUAUUCCACUUCAGCAGAGCUUCAUGCUUUUGCCGCCACACAGAAACGGCCCCCUGAAAUCCAAGAUGCUUGCACCAACACUGACCCUGCCUCACCUCACACCGUCACUGAUAAAGCUGUUUCGGCCCAGCUUCCUGCAUCUCCUGGCUCUGCAUCUACACGAGGCACACAUGUUGUUGUGACCCCAGUUGUUCCACCUGAUGUGUUCCUCAACCUGCGCUUUCCUAGGGAAGUGUCUCAUGAGCUGCCAGAGGGCUCUGACCCUGCAGCGAGCAACGUAAAUAUGAACAUGGAUGGCCGGAGGUUUAUCAAUGUGAUUGAUCUGGAGGAUGGCAGUCUGCUGCAGGACCUGCUCCCUUCCCAGACCCCUGCCCAGACCACAUCCUCAUCUCCACCUACAGCCGCACAGCUUCACCUUCUAGCAGCUUCUGUGACCAAUUCUGCCCCAACCAAAGCAGAGAUCCUUACAGAAGAGCAGACAGAUGAACUCCCUGGUCUCUCAGCAAAUUUCUCUCCUCUUACUGCUGUGAGUGCUGCAUCAGAACCCACUGGAGAUCCAGUCACUGUCAGGGUAUUGAUGGAUUUAAGGGCUCCUGAAAAGCCUGAAAAUACAGAACGACCAGUGGACCGAGCCCUUCUGUCCCGCAGCCAAGUCUCAGUUCGUCUUGCUGAGAUGGAUGCCCAGCUGGCUGCGCUGCAGAGCAUAGCUGACCACAUGGAUCAAGAGUUUGCCAAUACCAGGCUGUUGGUGAAUACUAUAGAGACCCUGGUCCCUGCAGUGAUGCCCAGUGAGGAGGACGAGCCAUAUUCUAGAACUCUUAAAGUUACAAAGGAAGCGAAGAAUGUCCGAUACAUGGGACGCCAUGUUGGGCAAGCACACAGGGAAGAAAAGCCGAAGGAUGGAGGGUUUUUAUCCUCUGCACCACGUGACAAUGUUCCUCUUGGACUGAGGGGGCGCUCCACUGUCCAUCCUGUUGUAGCAUCUACACAGAGCUUUGUAAAUCAAGUCAGCACCUCUCCUACAGUCGUUUCAGUGAAACCGGAGCAGCCUCCGUGGAAUGACAGCCAAGAAUUGGUUGAAUCGUUGUUGGAGAAUUCGAACAUACCGGCUGAUAAAACCUUGGGUCUGAGUGGACUGAGUGAUGUUGCGGACAUAUUGGGAGAUUUAGUGAAGGAGGGGGCCCUUUCGCCCUCAGCACUGCACCUCUCUCCUUCGGUGACCAGGCAGAGCAGGCUGGAGGAGCAGCAGAAGAGAUCUAUGAUAGAUGAGGAGAGAAAAGAGCUGAGAUCCUGGAUGAGGAAGAAGCAGCGUGAGAGACUGGUGGAGUACCGUAAACAGAGGGAGGAGAAGAGAGAAAUGGAGCGCAAGCCUUUCACUCCCCCGGUCUCAGUGAAUCCAUCCUCCAGAGACUUGGCAAUCAACAAGAAAAUCAAAGAGGAGAGAGACAAGCAGGUUCUGCUGGAGCACCACUCCCAGAGGGCCCGUGAAGCCUGCAGUCUCAUCACAGACCUGCUCACUGCUCCCCUCAGCCUCCCCACUGCCUCCAGCAGCACCACCGUGACCCAGGUGCAAGACUCCAGGCUCAGUUUGAGCCGGUCUACAAGGAAGAAUAAGAAAAGCCCCCCAACCCGAAGAGGACGAGCGCGUUCUGCCUCAGCGCUUGGGAGGACUGUAGUGCUUCAGAGAAGAAGUGCAUCAGGACCACCUGGAACCCUUAGCAGCAGACUUGGACUCCAUAGACCAGCAAGCGCACUUCCUGGUGACCGGCUUUCCCAGGUUACACGGCGGGGCAUGCUGACCGACACGAGAGGUCGACCAAGACUGAAGAUAACAGCUCCACGGCCCCAAACAAGGCUGAACGAGUCUCCAGCCGCACAGCAGACUCUGAGACAGCGAGAGUCCUAUCAGGUGGGGGACACAGAUGAACGAGAUGUGGUGAGUCCUUGGGACACACCCCUCAAGAUUCGCAGGAUUCUUGGACUUGAGGACCAUGAUGUAGAGCAGGACCAGGUGGAGUAUGAUCAGGACAGACUAGAGACCCUUUCGGAGAGCACCGGCAGCAUGCUGAGUAAACUAGACUGGGCGGCCAUUGAGAGGAUAGUGGCUGAAGAAGAAGAGGUCUGACUGAAGAAAGGGAGGAGUGCUGAAAGUCUGGACAGACAUGACUUGAGUAUAUGGCUUUUACUUGUGUCCAUCAGUGUUGCUCUUGACUGUGUGUUUCGUUAUUGCCUGGUUUAUGACUGAAUAUUUAAUCCAAAUUGUAUAGUACAUCUGAGUAGCUCUGUACAGGUUAAGCAUAUUUAGAUCUAGUUCUAUUCAGGUUUUGUAUUGAAUAAACAUAUUUAAUUACUGGUACUGCAUUGCUUAAUUAUUUUCACCUAAUUUACAGCAUUAAUAUCCGAUUUUUCACAUAAAGUGGCAGAAAAAUGAAAUCAAAACGGAAAAGUUGUUGGUGUAAAUUGUAUUGUCUGUUAUUUGCUAUUCGUAAU